AGUAAAAAUUAAUCACAGUUUCUCAGCAAGCAAACUAACCAGUCUCAAACGCAAUAGAAAUGUAAGCAAAACUAGACUCAAAAUGAGUGCUAUCCUAAAGUUCAUCCGUGAAAACCACAUACUAGCAGUGAUAGAACAAGCAAUUGCGAAAAAGAAAUCUCGCUUGAGUCUAAAUUCUUUUGAAAUUACCGAAAUUCCUACACUGUUAUACUCGUGCAUCGAGCUGGAACACCUAUAUUUACAUUUAAAUAAUAUUACAACUGUUCCAGUGCAGAUUACAGAACUCUUAAACCUUACAACAUUGACUCUGGAUUACAACGGCAUAACUUCAUUGCCUGUCGAAAUUGGUAACUUGAAAAAUCUUGUAAAUUUAAACAUAAGUUAUAAUCCCUUAAAAGAACUUAUACCAGAAAUAGGUGAAUUAGAGAACCUUGAAGCAUUCUGGUGCAAUAAAACAGGGCUACGGGAAAUUCCAAAGGAAAUCGGCAAGUUGACAAAACUUGAUACAUUUGGAGCAAGGGGCAAUGAGUUAAAAACCAUACCAGAAGAAAUGACUCAACUAACAAAAUUAAGGUGGCUAACAUUAGAAAAUAAUCAAAUAGAGGUUUUACCAAACUGUAUGAAUAACAUGGAAGGGAUAGUACAUUGCAAUCUUCGCAAAAAUAGGCUAAAGGAAUUCCCAGAGUCCUUUCUGAAAUGUGUUGAUUUGAUGUUCUUACAGUUGAAUAAUAAUCAGAUAUCCAGUUUACCAGAGAAUUUUGACACAAGUCAAGUUACAGUUUUAGAAAUGAUUGAUUUACGAGAAAACCCUAUAUGUGAAUUGUCACAUCUAGACCACCCUUUAGUUCGCUUCUCAGAUGAAAUUCCAGUACCUCAAGAUCUUUCCCCAUCCAGCAGCCGGCCUCAUGGCAUGGCUGCACAGGCUUUAGCUGUCAAUGCUACAGCUCUUCGGUUACCAGCAGUUCCAGCGCCCAGACAUCCGGAUUUGAUAUUAGAAAUGGAAAUGGACGCGUCAUCAGUAGAAUCAGAAGAUUGGGAGAACAGUGUAAAUAGCUCUGAGUUGGAUGUCCAUUACCAGAGUGACGAAGAGAGAGGUGACAAUGAGAUCGCACAAUUUUUUCAGGCUGUGGGUAUGGUGUUGCCAGAAUUGUCCCGGUACGCGUCAACAGCGAGUUGAAUACAACUGGCAACUUAAAGAAAAAUAAUUUAAGAUAUGGUGCGUUGUAUUUUCACGAAAUUUGAGUAAUUUUGGCUUAAACUUGUUUACAGAAAUUAUUAUCAAAAUGUUUGUUAUGGUUUCCAUUUAAGAAGUAAUGAACAGUUUUUCUUAUUGAAAUUAUUUUUAAUAUAACCUAACCUAACAUACUAUCAUGUAUUAAAUUCAGAUUAAAACGGGUUUAAUUACUACAAUUUCGAAUCUUUUGUUUAUAACUUAAGUUAAAACGUGUCGAAAACGUGCUGUAAAGCACGCGAAAUAUCGGGAUUAUAAAACAUAGUUUUAAAAGAAAUAUUUGUAUUAUUGUGGUAAUUAUACGCGGUUAAUCGAGUAAAACUAAAAUAUAGCCGUCUCAAUCUAUAGCAGGUUCAGUGAAAGAGUCGUCUAUAUUUUAAAAUAAUUGUUAUAAGCGGUUUAAAAGACAGACACUAGAACAGUUGUAUUUUUAUGAGUUUGGUUUUGUCUAGUUUCGUGAAAAUAAGAUAUUUUAUAUUUGUUUGGGACUUUAUAUAACUUUGUAUACAAUGUAAUCAUAUCGGAUUAGUACAUUUUGUGAUGUAGUUCGCCAAAUAUAUUGAGAGUGUUUAGGUUUGUAUUUUUACGUUCGAAAAGAAGGGAUUUCAUAAUCAUAACCUAUAAACUGCCUCAAAGUUUUAGUAAAUUAAUAUAUUGAGGACUUUGGUUAUGCAUUUUGUUAAUGAUUUGAACGUCAACUUAUUUCGGCCAAUCGCAACCCUUGAAAAUUAAAAUGCUUUGCGAUUGGCCCAAACCGCGUAAUCGCCCAAUGGCAUAGCGUAAUAAAUAUUUGGUUAUAAAAUAAAAAUCAAAGUUUUGAUUUAUAUUCUUGUGCCAACUUAUAAUGAAGUAAAUUUAUUUUAUCCGUUUUUAAUAGUCUGAUAAAGAUGAUUUUUACCAAAAAAUAUCAAAAACAUACAAUGUUGCCAAGUUUUCGGCGAAUUUAUAGAUGAACAUUUUUAUUUACUUGUAUAAAUAACAUAUCGGAAAUUGGAAUCAAAUAAUCGCACAAUAAUUCCGACAGUUUAUAUUGAUACUUAUUGUAUUUUAUUUACAUAGAUAAUAUGGGUUAUUAAAUAUCUAUAAUAAUUGUAAAUAUUAUUUUUUAUUAAUAAAGGUCUUGAUGUUCUAA